UAUUCUAUUGUGUUGUAUUUAGUCAAAGAUAUAUUAUUAAUCAAAUAUUCCAAAUAAGCUAGAAAACAAUGGAUUUAAAAGAAAAGUCAUAUUUUUGUUUAAAUGAUUAUGACUGUAUUGGAGUGGACAUGGAUCACACAGUCAUUCAAUAUCAUUUGCCAGAAGUAUUUAAGUUAAUUUAUAGAGCUUUAGUGGAUUUUCUUGUGACUGAAAGGAAUUAUGAUGAAAACAUAUUGCAUGUUGAUAAUUUCACAAAGCAUGAAGAUUUCAGUUUAAGAGGAUUGGUAUUUGAUCAUCAUAAAGGAAAUUUUUUAAAGAUUGAUAUGAAUGGCUAUGUCUUGAGUUGCUCUCAUGGCAUGAAACAGUUAAGUGAUGAAGAGAUAAUUAAAGAAUAUGGUGCCAAUCGCAAAUGGCCUCUUUUUAAUGUACUAAAAGAGAAAGUUUACCAUGGAGAGGGAUAUUCAAUCAUGGAGAAUUUUUUUCUAAUGCCAGCUGCUUCAAUUGUCGGCCAGUUAAUUGAGGAUACUGACAAGAAAAGUAAGGAAGACUCAGUUACAUAUGAGCACAUAUGGCAAGACAUUAUUUCAGCACUUUCCCUGAACUUUCAAGCAGCUUCUUUUGACAAUGAUAAAGGAAUGUUUUUUCCAUCCCUAAAAAAUAAUAUAUCAAAGUACGUGAAAAAAUGUCCACCUUCAAUAUUGUCUUGGAUAAAAAUGUUGAGAGAUCAAGGAAAGGUCGUGGCGCUGAUCACAGAUUCGUCGCAGAACUUUGCAAGCUUGUUGAUGAAUUAUGCUUUCGGAGAAGAUUGGAAGGAGCUUUUCGAUUUUGUGGUAGCAUAUGCAAACAAACCAAAUUUCUUUUAUGAAAGUACCAAAGACAGGUCAUUCCAUACUAUUACAAAGCCUGGAGAAAUUUCUUUAACUACGGUUGAUGAUAUUCAACCACAUACGAUAUACAACCGAGGAAAUUCACAUACAUUUGAAGAAGUGGUGAAGAGGCGUCUUGGAAAAGAUUGUGUCAAGGUUGUUUACUUUGGUGAUAGUAUGAAAUCAGACAUUUUUCCACCUUGUGUUUAUGCCAAGUGGGAUACUGUGGCAGUGUUGGAAGAAUUAGAAGCAGAAGAAGUUCAUUUUCAUAAAAACAACGCACAGCCCUCGGAUUGUAAAAAACCGAAGCUCACGCCGUUAUUAAAAGAAGAGAAGAUAUUAGUUGCAAGUUCACGCUGGGGUUCAUUUUUCACUCACCCGCGUUCAAAAGAACAGGUCCAUGCCAAACAUCAUCCGUUGAACACAUUUUGGGGUGAUUUGAUUCGUAAAUACAGCAAAAUAGCUAUCCCGCUGCUCGACUAUAUUGCAGAGUUACCAAUCAAUCACAAAUUUCUUUCAUUCUCAUCUGAUCAAUUAGGAUUUUACCCGAGUGCUCCACGGUCGAUAGAUGAAGAUGAAUGUACAUAAACCUCCCAAAUCAUUCUAAAAACUUUUUUUAGUACGCAAAAUUGCUUUUUAUAUGGAUUUGUGUAAUAACUGCAAUAUAAUUUUGUAACUUA